AUGGCAACCCCAUGGCCUAACGAUCAGGCCUGGCCAACGCCAUACCGAGAGCACGCCGCAGAACUAAGCAGAUAUCUCCAAACAGCACUGAAGUCUAUCGAGACCGCAAAUGGUCAACCUAUCCAGCCUCAAGGAGUCAGAGCCGCGUUCAUCGGUGCCCUGGCGCUCAUCGUCAAACUACAGAACAUCCCCGAUAUCGGACACGUCCAUCAGGCAAUCGAAAAUUUGCGUAUGGAGACAAAGGCAGCCAAUGAGAACGCCGUCCGAACCACCAGCAGCAUGAGGAUCGCAAUCCAGCAGAACACAGCCGAAAUCAAGGAGAAACCAACACCAACAAGUCCACUAACACAGCUGCCAAGGAAGCACUGA